AUGGAGCGCUACUUGAUAUGCCAGAUAUGUGGAGAAAAGUUGCCCUUCGACCCGGUAUGCACGUGUACCCUUGGAGAACACCUCGUCAAAAACCACCCUGAUGCGGAAAUGACCCAUUUCAUUGUCGAAGACACGUCUCUCUGCGGGUGCGGUAGGGAAUCAACAUCUAGUUCAUCCGAAGGUCUAUAUUCAACUGCAGACGCCGCUGUCGGUAAUAAAAGCGCAGUUUUCAAGACAACAAUUGAGACGUGGAAACCUGGGCCUUUGAAUGUGAUCUGUCCUUUGUGUGGGAAAGAAGAUAGGCCCUGCAUUAGAAAACAAAGAAACAAGGUCGCUUACACCCAGUUCGGAGCAUUGUGCAUGGUUACUUGCUGGCCUAUCUGCUUCUUGCCCUUUCUGAUGUCCCAGUCCAGCACCAUACACCUCUACUGCCGCCACUGUGGAGCCCUCAUUGGCGAAUACAACAGACAAACCGGCACCCUUAAACCCGCACCCAUCGACCCGAGUAAAAAACUUAAUGUACCCAGUAACUUAUGUUAG